AUGCCCAACUCCAAGCCCCCCGCCGACCCCUUCGCCACCAUCCUCCUCCGCACCUCCUCCGCCCGCCGGCCCAAUCCCUCCAAACUCUCAGAGCCCAUACCCCUCACCCCUCUUCAAGGUUCGCGCUUGUCCGAAGAUUCUUCGUCGGGCCCAAGUUCCCUACGCGGCAAGCCACGGUCGCGCCCUACUACGCCCAAGAGCGACGACAUGGGAGAGACGCGUUCACUUUCGCGACCCUCGUCAAAGAGGGGAAAAGAGGUGGACGCCGGGACGACGAAAGAUUCGUGGGGGAGGCAACGAGCUGAACAAGCUGGUGGCAAUCCAGAACGCAUGAAAGAAGAUGCGGCGAUGGAGAAGUGGAGAAAAUGGGUCAUAGAGCAGCCAUUGCAAUCAGGCGUACCGAGCACUUCUCCGUUGAAGGGAAAGGGAUCACCCGUUAACGGCGGUCAGAAAAUACCCUCGGUGUCUCUCAACAACACCCACCGUCUAUCAGUCACCAACUCCCUUCUGAGGACCCCUUCGGCUUUCGAUACUCGGGGCCAAUCUGACCCCGAAACCUCGAUAACCUCGUCCCUCCGCACAACCUCGCCCAGGGCUUCGUCAGCUCUCGCCUCCCCAUUCUAUCCUUCAGGAUUCGGGUCCCCGGGUGGUGGUGGUGAAAUAUACAACACAGACUCUGUGCUCGCUCUGCGCGAUGUAGAGCUAGCUGUCGGUGACGACGCAUGGUCAAACGCAGAACGUGCCAAAGCCGCCCCUCGGCGCAUGUCCAAUAAACCUCGUCUAUCCCAAAUACCCAAUCCAUUUGGCGACGUUGCAACGCGUCUCGGCUCACGGCGCGUUCGUCCCAUCGUGCUUGAGUUGAUACAAGCUCUAGGGCACUUUCUCGACGUCGUCUGGUCGACAACGUACCCUGAGCGUUCUUGUCCGUGGAUCAUAGACAAUACUGAAGAGUGCCCAGUAACCCCAUCCGUACGAAAAACGAAAAGGGCCCGCCAUACAGACUCAGAUCCCACAAUAACAUCUGAGCUCGAGUGGAAGAGUCCUAUGAUCACGGCGGUGCAAGAGGGCAAGCGAACGGGGCAUGUACCAACACGACCUACCUCCAAAGAUCUAGGGUUUUGGCGGGACGAAGUAGAGUUUGGCAUUAGGGAUGUCGAUGAAGUUGUUGGUGUAAAAAAGGGAUUGGGGAGAGCGUUCGGAACCGCUCUCAAGGAGGGUCGGUAUGGCCCGCCAGAUGCUGGAAACGCUCUUGGGCAGAACGGGGAAGGGGCCGGGGAUUUCGAUCCAUACGCUCUGCUCGAUGAGUCGGAACUCAUGGCCGGAGGGGCUAGCGGAAUGGGCGGUGCACACCCGAAAGCAGGGUCUGCAUUAUUAGUAGACCUUCUGGGCGCGUCCUCAAGCAGCUCGGGCACACCCACCACGAGUGGGCCGAGUUUUGACUCUCUUCCAGACUUCAAUGUCAACUUGGCCUCUCCUGUCGAGGAUUCCAUCAAAGCGAAGGAGGUCAAGAGCAAACAACGGAUAGAAGUGCUCAUUCCAGGUAUCGAGAGUAUCGAAGGAGCAGAGGGAAUGACGCUGGAAGAGUUGGGGAGAAGGAGGCACCGAGAAUGGCUCGCUAGUAGAGCGAAAGCUUAG